AUGGAUGCAAACGGGCUCUCAGAUCCUUUCGUUGUGUGCCAACUUUUGCCUGCCACGGGCAAGCGCUUCAGAACGCGGACGAUUCCACAAAAUCUUAACCCUAUCUGGAACGAAACGUUUGUUUUCACAGACUUUGACAACAGGAAACAUGAUAAAAGGGUUCUGAGAUUUGCUGUGUUAGAUGAGGACAAAUUUGGUGCUGAUUGGCUCGGGGAAUAUCGUUUGGGACUUGGCGAUCUUCUGCCAGAUCGUUUAUCUGAAUUUGCCGUCCCACUAAACCCCCGAAAACCGCUUCCGAAAGAAAUUGAUGACUUGGCAAAUCCGACACGAGGAAGAAUACAGAUAGCUCUCCGGUACAUCGAAGAGAGCAAACAACUCUGUGUGGAGGUGAUUCGCUGUGCGGAUUUAGCCCGAAUGGACCAUAUUGGUUCAUCAGACCCAUUCGUUAAACUGUAUCUAAGACCGGACAAAUUACGAAAAACCAAACAAAAGACCAAAGUAAAGAAAUCUACCGUCUUCCCAGAGUUUAAUGAGGUCUUCUACUAUGUGAUGGACGCCGCCGAUGUGGACAAGCGCACGCUAGAGAUAACCGUCUGGGACUACGAUCGGGGAACAACUAACGACUUCAUCGGAGGCGUGAUAUUGGGCGCCAAAGGGAAGGCGGAACGAAGGGAAGUCUGGCAGGCUGUUUUUCGUCCCCCCUAUCGACGUUUUGAGGCCUGGUUUCAGCUGGCGUCCAGAAGUGAACCCGAGGGAGAAUCCAACCAAUUGACACGUGUGCCUACCCCUGGCAUCACAGACUAA